AUGAGGAGCAGUCUGCUAGCGCUGUGCGGGCUCCUCGCCCUGGCGGCCGCCGCCGUCGCCCGGGACAUCCCCGCCGCCCCCGCCGCCGACCUCGAGGUCGCCGCCUCCGGACACCACUGGGACAAGGGUGGCGGCCACGAGCACCACGGGCACCACCACCACGACCACGGUGGCCACCACCACAAGGGCCACAAGGGCCACCACGAGGACCACCACGGCAAGCACGGCCACUCCCACCACGAGGGCCACAAGGGCCACCACGGCGAGCACGGCGGCCACAAGAAGCACCACCACCACGACGACGGCUACCACCAUCACCACCACCAUGGCGAGAAGGGCGAGCACGGCCACGGCCACGAGGAGCACGGCCACUGGCACAAGGGCCACGACACGAAGGGCCACCACGGCAUCGAGAAACACGACGAAUUCAAGAAGGACAAGCACUUCCACGACCACCACGGCGAGAAGGGCCAUGAGUCCCAUCACGGCGGCCACCACCACGAGGGCGGGUACAAGAAGGGCGGCCACUUCCACAAGGGCCACAAGCACGGCGGCCACCACGAGCACGAGCACGGCAAGAAGGGCCACCACGAGAAGGGAGGACACCACCACCACCACAAGGGCCACCACGGGGACGGCGGCCACCACGAGCACUGGCACCACCACCACGACCACGGCAAGAAGGGCGGCCACGAGGACCACAAGCACUGGGGCCACAAGUCUCACCACUAG